AGUUUAUAUUAAUUGAUGUCUUUUCGAAAAACUACCUUCUCUUAAUACUCUAGUAAUGUCUUACAGCUUGACUUCGAGCCAGAAACUUAAUCUGCCAAAACUCUUCAGAGAUCCAAUUAUAACAUAACCAACUCCCCUCAGGGUAACCUAGAUAGUCUUGACAGUUUGCUUGAUUAAAAGUCUUCCAAGAAAUCGCGCUUCUUUUUUAGCCAAAAAAUUGAAAGUGAAGAGAACUUUCAAUAUUUAAAGACAGAAAGGGAUUUGUAAUAGAAGGAAGUAAAAGAAGUUCGGCCUUUUCGCUUUAGAAGGAGGGAAAUCCAUACAAAAAUUGAUUUAGAUGAUAAGAAUGAUGUAGAUGAAUUUUUUACUGGAGUGGAAAUACCAAGAAUAAGCUAAUAAGCUUAAAAAUAAAAUCCAUAUCAAUUAGUGACCUUCACUGAUUAUGUAGAAAACAUUUAUGGAAAAGAUUGGUUUUAAUAAAGAGAGAGGAAAUUCAAGAGAUAAAUCACAGUUUAAGAUUUCUUUGAUACCCCAUGUUGA